GGUCCGCGGUCGGGAAGACGAGUCAACAUUUAUUCCAUUCACUUCAGACCGUUUACCCUUCCUGCGUCAUGAUGACUCACGUGUUCGUCUACGGCACCUUAAAGAGGGGUCAGCCUAACAACCGACGCAUGAGUGACAAAGGCAACGGACAUGCGCAGUUGCUCGCCUCAGCGGUCACAACUCAGAAGUUCCCCCUAGUGAUCGCCACGGAGCACAACAUCCCUUUCCUCCUCAACAUCCCAGGUCAGGGUCACAGGGUUCACGGCGAGAUCUACGAGGUGGACGAGCCGAUGCUGAGCUUCCUGGACGACUUUGAACACACGCCCGCCAUGUAUCAGCGAAGUCAGGUGACGCUGGCGGUGGAGGAAUGGCUGGGCCCGGCGGACGACAAGGAGAGGUGGGCGCCGGGCAGCGUCACUCAGGCCUUCGUGUACAGCACCACCACGUAUCAGCCUGACUGGCCCUCGCUGAAUCACCAUGACAACUACGACUGCGAUGGCCAUCAUGGGCUCGUCUACAAAAAUCAUCGCACUUGAGCCACGGACGAGUGGUACUCUCCGUGCUCCACCAUAAUGACCGGCAUUAAAUACAGUAGAGUAGUACGCCUAAGUCAGGGGUGUCCAAACUUUUUCCACUGAGGGCCGCACACUGAAAAAUCAAAGCAAGCGGGGGCCAUUUUGAUAAUGUUUUAUUUAAAAAAACAAUACAUUUAUGUAUAAAAAAUAUACAUUUAGGCUUCCACUCAGGCUUGAUCCUGACGACCCCAAAGGGUUUUGGUCAAAAAAAUAUAAAAAAUGUGUCAUUAUUCAGUAUUAUCAUUUUUAUUAUUAUUCAAGGUUUAAAUCUCUAGAUCAGGGGUGUCCAAACUUUUUCCACUGAGGGCCGCACACGGAAAAAUUAAAGCAUGUGGGGGCCAUUUUGAUAUUUUUCAAUUUCAAACCAUAACAAAAUAUAUGCAUUUUUUAUUUAUUUUACCUUUAGGGGUCCCGGGGACCAUAAAGGGUCUCAGUCAUUAAAAUGUUAAAAAUAAGUCAGAUUAUUAUUUUUUUUAAAUUAUUUAACGCUUACAGUAAAUCUCUAUAUCAACUUCAAGUUGAUAUAAAGUAAUACAAAUUAAAAACAAUGUUUUAUGGCUUUUCUGUCAAAAACAACUUCGUUUUUUUAUAGUAAAACUGAAAUAUGCAGUAUUUAGUAAUUAGAGCCCUAAAAGAUCAAUAAUGCAGGACACCAUUGAUUUUAAUUCUUUCAUAUUUUUGAGUAAUCACAGUGAAAGGAUAAAUUAAAAAUCACUAAAUAUAUUUGGGAUCCAAAAGGUGCCCCACUCAUAAAGUGAUACAUUUUUAUUAGGUUUUUCUUUUACUUUCAACACUUAAGUUACGAGAUCAACUUCAGAUAUAUCUGUCCAUUUUAUGCUGGAAGUAUUAUUUUGUUUGUUUUAUGCGCUUUUGUCAAAGAAAACUUUGAUGUUUUUAUAUGGCUACUACACAAUUUAUGCAAUAUUUACCACAUAAAACAUUUUAAAGUGAAAUAUUUGAAGUAAUUGGAGCCCUGAAAAUAAUUCAUUAUAACAUGGAUUUUUUGUCAUUAUUUUUUUUUGUUGAGCAACGGCAAAAAAAGAAAAAUUAAGAAAGACAAAAGAAAAACAAACAGCCUGCAUGGCAGCUUUUGUGUCAACAUUGCAACUUUUUCUCGUUAGAUUUCACCUCAUUCCACUUUUUGUAAUGUUCUUUUUUAUUUUUACAAUAGUAUUUCCAGAAUGUGUGGCGGGCCGGUAAACAAUUAGCUGCGGGCCGCAAAUGGCCCCCGGGCCGCACUUUGGACACACCUGCUCUAGACCAACAUUAGGUCUAUCUGUCAAUAUAAAGUUUUUUUUUAAGAUUUAAGUUUAAUGCUUUUUUUGUCAAAGAAAACCCAGUUUUUUUAUGGAAAAAACACAAAACAUGCAAUAUUUUCACCCAAUAAAAUUUUUAAGUGGAAUAUUUGAGAUUAUUAAAAGUUAAAGUUAAGUUAAUAUAUGGGUUUUGGUCAAAAAAAUAUUAAAAAUGUGUCAUUAUUCAGUAUUAUUAUUUUUUAUUAUUAUUCAAAGUUUAAAUCUCUAGAUCAAAAUUAGGUUUAUCUAUCUGUCAAUAUAAAGUAUUUAAAGAUUUAAGUUGUAUGCUCUUUUUGUCAAAGAAAACAUUUUUUUAAUGGA